AUGGCAGUACGAUUAUACACCUGUAGAACACUCGUCUCAAAUUCAAAAAUCCGAACAAUCAGUUUUGCGUUUGAGAAGAAGAACAAGGUCAAAGGUCAGCGGUUGGAUUUUAACUCCAUGGAUAUAACAGAGGUUUCAAUCAUUCAUCAUGUGGGCAUUGUGUUCUUGGUGAUAUGGUUGCUAUCUUCCUUCGGUUAUUCCCACCCAAUAGUUUACUUCAUUUCUUUGAUCUAUCUUUACUUGGUUCAUGAGAAUUUUUCCACAAGAUUCAGAAGAAAGGUGCGAUUCGAAGAAAGAAGACAAGCCAAUCAAAAAAGGGUGCUUUCGGAUUCUGAAUCAGUAAGGUGGUUAAACCACAUGGUUGAAAGGAUAUGGCCUAUAUGUAUGGAAAAUAUCGUCUCACAAAAGAUACUCCUCCCUAUCAUCCCUUGGUUCUUACAGAAGUACAAACCAUGGACAGUGAAAGAAGCUGUGGUUCAGAGUUUGUAUAUGGGAAGAUCUCCACCAAUGAUCACUGAAAUGAGGGUUUGUCGUCAAUCCACUGGUGACGACCAUUUGGUUUUGGAGUUGGGAUUGAAUUUCCGAACAGCUGAUGACAUGGAUGCGAUAUUAGCAGCAAAAAUGACAAAAAGAUUAGGGUUUGGAAUGUCCGCAAAAAUGCAUUUGACAGGAAUGCAUGUUGAAGGAAAGGUAUUGGUAGGGGUGAAGUUCCUCCCAAAAUGGCCAUUUCUUGGACGUUUGAGGGUUUGUUUUGUUGAACCACCUUACUUUCAGAUGACUGUGAAACCAAUUUUCUCCCAUGGUCUUGAUGUUACUGAACUCCCUGGGAUUGCUGGAUGGCUGGAUAAGCUUCUAACAGUCGCAUUCGAGGAGACACUCGUUGAGCCUAAUAUGUUGGUGGUGGAUGUUGAGAAACUCGUUUCACCUGAACAAGAGACUUGGUUCUCUGUGGAUGCAAAGGAACCCAUUGCUUAUGCCUUUGUGGAAGUUGUUGAAGGAUCAGAUAUGAAACCAUCAGACCUGAAUGGGUUGGCUGAUCCUUACAUAAAAGGCCAGGUUGGUGCAUAUCGGUUCAGGACCAAGACACAAAAGAAGACUUUAUCUCCAAAAUGGUUUGAGGAGUUCAAGAUUCCCAUCACUUCAUGGGAUGUACCUAAUGUUCUUCAAAUUGAAGUUCGUGAUAAAGAUCACUUCAUUGAUGAUACCCUUGGUGAUUGUGUGAUAAAGAUCAACGAUUUUAGAGAUGGAGAGAGACACGACAUGUGGUUGCCUCUUCAAAACAUUAAAAUGGGAAGAUUGCAUCUCGCGAUAAAAGUAAUUGAAGCCGAAUGUGACGGGGAUGUUGCAUCACAGAAUGAAUUUACGAAAAAGCCCUUGGUAGUAGAAAAAUCUGAAGAAACAAAUGCAGAUAGUUUUGAACCCAUUGAUGUUGAAGGGCUACGAGAGACCGGAAUCUGGGUCCACCACCCUGGUGCUGACGUGGCGCAAGUAUGGGAGCCGAGGCAAAAAAAGAACAAGAACAAGAACCGGGCCCAUAAAGACAGUGAGUCGGUGGCCAGUAGCAUGAGGUCUGAAUCAUUCCCGAAUAAUGACUCCAGCAGCACUGAUGAGAGCCUGGAGGGGUAA